GAUAUUUAUUGGUAUACUGCACCAGUAUGCCAUCCAUUCGGGUGGUAUACAGUGUUUGUUUUAUUUGCCGAGUAGCUAAGGUUUUCCACAAAGUUCUUCAAUUGACAUGUUGUAUGAUUAACCUGGUAAAAAGCAGGUUAAUCAUGCUUUUUACCAUUCUAUGCUUACUGUGACAUUUUAAAAUUCCUCUCCGAUUCUGGCAAUAAAACGUGCUGCAGUUCAAAGGGUUUGGACUCUUGGUUUUAGAGAACCGAUUGCUUGCUGUAGGUGUGGACUGUGCUGAAGUUUUAAAUUUUACCCAAUCACUAAUAUUUGGCUCAAAACCAGAAAAGUAAUGUAGGCAAUGCUCCAGUUCGAUGCUUUGAAGCUUACCGGAAAUUUCCUGCACUGUAAACAGCCAUCCUCCACUGUGAAGAGAGAAGUGCCAAGUCGAACGAGAUGGAUGUUAAUUCAAUAUUUGGAGGCGUGGCCAACCGGAUGGCUUCUUUAACCUCCUCCACCAAUAUUGCCAAACUACAGGCAGACUACAUUUCUAAAACAGCGCAGAAAAUCUGCGUCUUCAUUGACAACGUUGCUGAUUGGCCCGGUUGAAAUUCUACUGGAGAAAUCCAGGUCAAUGGAAGAAAGCCCAGAAGGAGCACCAAAGGGAGAUGAGAAUAAAAUGGAACUGAAUAGGAAAGCAAUGACCAAGCUAGGGUAUGAUAAAUGCUUUCAUUGUGUCCGAGGAUUAGAUCUAGUUGGACUUGAGAAACACUUUCAGAGUUGCCUGUGUUCAUGGAGCUUGACUGGCUUUAUAGGUUUUCCCUGUGUGUGUGUUGGUAUGAGUUUGUCUGACAAAGCUUAGAGGACAGCCCAUCUCCCAGUUACUCCUCACAGACACUCUAAAGAGACAGAGAGAGAAACUUGUUCCACCCCUCCUCGGGGAUUUGCCUCUCCCCAGGGGGGCUGAGAGUACAGACCUGUUGCCAGCACUGCUGAGUGAGAGAGCAACGGAAGAAAAGAGAGUGUGAAAAGACUGAGGUGUAGGAAGCAGGGCUCGUCUGACGGUUUCAGUUUCUACCAGAGUUGAGUAUGCCUCAGCGGGAGGUUCUGGCCACCGGCACACCUACCUGCGUGCCGAUCGGCUUCCAGAAGGAGCUCGUGUUGUUGGAGGAGCUGCCUCUUCAUGCCAGAGCCCUAGGCCCAAGCCUCUCCCCGCUGCAGCCUCAGACAUGGGGCCGGUCUGCUGCAAGCCGGACAGACUGAAGAAACAACAUCUCCAAGGUGGAACGGGAGAGAAGGACCGUGCUCCGAUUAGCCAUGAAUCCUUCCUGCUCAUGGCAAGCUCGCAGACCGACAUGGAUGACUGGGUCAAGGCCAUACGGCGGGUCAUCUGGGCGCCAUUUGGCGGAGGAAUUUUUGGCCAACGUCUGGAGGACACAGUGCAGUUUGAGAGGAAGUUUGGCCCCCGGCUGGCACCGCUGUUGGUGGAGCAGUGUGUGGACUUCAUCAGAGAGAGGGGCCUGGAUGAAGAGGGUCUCUUUCGGAUGCCCGGACAGGCCAAUCUGGUCAAAGAUCUUCAAGAGGCCUUUGACUGCGGAGACAAGCCUUUGUUUGACAGUAACACAGACGUCCACACGGUGGCAUCCUUGCUGAAGUUGUACCUGAGAGAACUGCCUGAACCAGUCAUUCCUUUCUCCAAAUAUGAGGACUUUCUAACCUGUGCACAGCUUUUGGCCAAAGACGAGGAGGAGGGGAUCCAGGAGCUUGGGAAACAAGUUAACACUCUACCUCUGCCUAAUUACAAUCUCCUCAAGUACAUAUGCAAGUUUCUUGAUGAGGUUCAGUCCCACUGCAACGAGAACAAGAUGAGCGUUCAGAACCUGGCCACAGUAUUUGGACCAAAUAUCCUUCGAACCAAGAUGGAGGACCCAGUUACUCUCAUGGAGGGAACUUCUCUGGUCCAGCACCUAAUGACAGUCCUCAUUAGGGAACACCAGCGAUUAUACUCAGGGAGGGACCACGAAGGACCUGCUUUGCCCCUAAUGGAGUUACCUGCCCAGGUGCAUCAGCUCCAACACCGCAGCCUGGGAGCGUGGAUCUCUGAGGAGGACCUGCAGAGUGGUCCUGCUUCCAACACUGAACAAGAACUCCACAGCAGUGCCUCAUCUCUGGACGCCAAACUGUCUGCGGCCAUCGCCCCUAACCCAAACCCUGGACCAAAAAUGGCGCCUUCAAUGGGGAAAGGAGAGCCCGUAGUCAGUCCAAGUAAACAAGCCAAGACCAUGCCUUCCUGGAAAUACUCUUUCAAAAGUUCUUCAACUCCCCGUUCACAGCCACAGGCUAAGCAAGCUGCCACAGGUGCCACAGUGGCAGAUACAAGUGCUCCUUCUGGUGGUGGAGGUAACUGGCUGAUGAAUGGUCUGUCCUCCUUGAGGGGCCACCGCCGCACUUCUUCAGGGGAGCGAUCCGCCAGAGAUCGAGACUCCACUGGGUCGUCCCAGAGACUGUCCACUUAUGACAACGUCACGUCUUCUUCCAGCACGGGGAGCGUUCCCAGUGUCUCCAGCACACCGUGGUCGAGCUCCUCUUGCGAUAUCUCUGUUCCAGACUCCGGCGGAGAACCUCUGACACAUCAGAACUUUGGAGGUGGAGCGGAUAGCGAAGAGAUUACAGAGUGGACAGAGAGCCAGAGGGAGACUGAGAGAGAAAAGGAAGCGGGGAGGGCGACGGAGCCGGGCGUGGACGUGGAUGGAUGUGAGGCCAUGGAUCUUUGCAGCAGCAGUGUGGCAUUCGGCGAAAGUGAAAACCUGCCCGCGGUAGCAGGGGUACCGUCCAUUAUUAUGACAGAAGACGGAGAUGGGACUACCCUGACCCUGAAUGCUCUGGUGGAGGAACUGAAGGAGGAGUUGAGGAAACAGAGGACAACAUAUGAGACCAGGAUUCAGAAAUUGGAAGAGUCCAGCACAGCGCUGUGUGCCCAGGUGGAGCGUUUAGAACAAGAGAUGGAGCAAGAGAAGAAGAAGCAGCGCAUGCUGGAGAUCAAGCUGCGGAACUCUGAGCGGGCGCGGGAAGACGCUGAGAACCGUAACCGUCUCCUGGAGAAGGAGAUGGAGGAUUUCUUCUCCACACUGGGCAAUCUGGCCCUGGGCUCAAGGACAAGCGACAUUUGACUCAACAUGGAUUUCCUGUUUUAGCAUUAGCAGAAACAACGCCGUAACUGUCAACUGACGUCUGUGAACUCGAAGCAGCAGGACGCUUCUUUAAGGAAAUAACUUAUAGUAGAAGAAUGAAAGGAAGCAUACUGUUGCACAUUUCCAACAAGCUUGAAAUUGUUGAAAAGAAAUGCUGAAGGAAGUAAAUGUCAUUGUUCUUUGAGAAGGUCCUUAGGAGGGUUGACUCUUUGGCAUGCUUGAAACUGAACAUGAAGAUGGAGCUCCUGCAGUUAGCAUUCCCUGUUCACUGAGGUUUCAUGUUUCUAAUGAAGGCAGUGUCAUAAACAUCUCAGGUGCCUGUUUCAUGACUGAAAAAUGGUAACAUAACUUCCCCAAAGCUUUGUACCGGAGAGCGCUUCUUCAACCACUACUUUCUAUCGGUCUUGUACUAACACUGUAGAAUUGUAGGAACCAUUUAUUAUUUAUUUAUAUUUACAGAAGCAACAGUUUGAGAUUCAAUCAAAUCUGCUUUUUACCUUUUGCUUAAUUCUGUGAUUCUCAAACUUUUUAUAACUGUUACCAUUUCAGUAAAUACCACAUUUUGGGGAAAAACACAAUCUUUCCCAGAUAUAUAUUAUUUAUUUUGUCAUUUUUUUGGCAGUUAUUUUACUGUCACAACAAACUAUGGAGUUUUUCAGUUUCUCAAAAGGUCUCUUAAGUCAGAAUUCCCAGUGAGAAAAAUAGUUUUUUCUCACCAGCCCCAAUUUAGAAAUCCAACAUGGCUGCCUUCCAUGUGAAAUUGUUAGAUCAAAGAAAAAAAGAGUGUUAUUGGGAAUGUAUGAUAAUUUGUGCCAUUAAAUCUGUCACACAAUAAUGUACAACAUUUUUAAGGGAACUGGAUGAUACAGCAUUUGAAUGCACAAAACAGAUAAAUAUACAUUGUUAUUGGCUGGUAAAGCUAAGAGACGUUAGCCUCGAAUACAGAAUUUACCAAAUCUUGCUGGUUUUUAAUAUGGAACUGGUUUGGCUGAGUUUUAUCUAAAUCCCAGAUUCCAGUUCCAACUACAGGGGCAAAAAAUGCAUCAAAUGUCAGCAGAACUCAUUAUUGCUUCUGACAGGAAUUAUUAAAAAUGUUCCCCACUGUACUUCUAUUUCUAUAGAAAAGGGUCUGAAUCACAGACUAUAUGUCCCUAUCUACCUUGCAAAUAUUUAUUGCUAAAUCUUGAUCAAAUUCUUGUGAAGGGAGUUCUAAGGGAUUGUACCUUAGUACCUUAGUUUGAGAACCAUGGCCUUAGGUUAAGUAAUACUUUGACCAAUAUUUGUACCCAUAUAUGUACAUAAAGUGCUGCUAGCUUGCUACUUAUCAUAACACCAGACCAAGAAGGAGAUGCCCACCCAUGCUCACUAAAAAAGAUGAACAUAGGUGACUCAACAUCUUUUUCAAUGAGCUUUAUGCAAACUAGCAUAUAGUGCUGCUAGCUUGCCACCAGACUAAGAAAGAGCUAGUCACAUAUGCUCAUUGAAAAAGCCCUCAAAUGCUCAGUAAUAUAUGGUGAAAUCUGUACUUUUGUUCAGACUAUUUAUUUGAUUAGAAUAAGAGUUUGGGCUUCGCCUGGAUUACCCAAACUAACUGGGUUUGGCUAUUGGCCACAAUGUCAGUUGAUCAUUGCUUUGUUGUUUGUUUUGGAAAAAUGAACGAAUCAGUGGUUAGUGUAUCUUCAUACCUGGUCGAAAAAAAUUAUCUGAAUACAAGAUAACCAAUUUACCUUUAAAUAAACUUGGCUAACUGGACUAUGUACAAUAACAACUUUAGCAGAGGUCUUUCCAUUUUCCAUAUUUAUACUACAAACAUUGUGGAGGAGGUUGAAGAUUAAGUUUGUAUAUUAUAUUAACAAAAGCAGGUAUCAAUAAACCUGACUUUCAAUUUCCUAAAAGCAUCUGGAACAGACUUCUGCCACAGCUGCCUCAGUCCCGUAGUUGUCCUCAGGCCCUUCCAGUGACACAGGCAAACCCUGGCUCUUCUGUUGGACCUUCACAUUAUUAAUGUCUGUCAUGUAUCAAGGAUUAUGUUUACAAUUCCUCAAGCAUAUAUUAUUUAAUCUAUCAUACAGAGCCAGCAACUAAUCACUUAGCUCCCUUAAAGAUUUGUUCUGUUUUUACUUUUCUGUUCCACUUAAAUGUUUCUAAUUAUAUUUCACAUCAGACAAAGAAAAAUUGAUUCCAUGUAUUAAGGGAAAAAUAAUGUCCAAAACAACUUUCAGUGAAUUAUAAGCCUGGUGGACCAACAGGUUUUACUUGCAUCCAAACCAGCCUAAUAUUGUUUGUUUAUUUUAAGUAGGGAUUUUUAUACACCAUUAACAGUGACAGUAAAGACGGAUAAAGCAAGGUUUAUAGUAAAUGCGUUGAAUCGGGUGCAAGGGGGUUGUGCAUCAAUUGCACCAUCACCACACCUGCUCGUUGGCAGGUGCCUGGUCAUGCACCUCCAAAUUCUUGUAACUUUAAAAAUAUUAUAACACAAAAACAGGGUGGGCUGCUGGUAGAUAUCCCUAGCUCCACUACCAACGGGCUGAGAUCUACUAGCCUAUUUCGUGUUGGUCGACAGAUUGUGUAAGAUUCUUGAUUUGACAGGACAGGAAACUGAAACUGAAUUUAACCUUCUAAAUAAUGUAGUUUAUUAUAAUUCAUAACUUAAUAGAAAGACAUUUUUUCUCAUAAGGCUUGUUUGGGUUGGAUAACUUUUCCCCCUUAAUACAAGAGAUCAUCAGUGGAAAACCCAUAACUAAGGUUCUCUUUGACCUGAAACAUUUAGGUGUGAAAAAUCAAAACAGAAG